AUGAAGGCUGCGAGCGAUGAUCUGAAGCGCAUGAACGAGGAACAGAGAGAGGAGAUCCAGCGAUUAGAACACGAACGCGGCGCGGCGUUGGCGCAGUGCGCGGCUUUGAAGGCGACGUUGGAGAGCGGAAAGCGAGAGCGAAGAGAAUUGUUGAUGAAGCAGCAGGAGUUGGAGGAGAUCAUACACGAUAUCAAAGCCAACCAGGCGCGCGCGGGGGUCUUACUGGAGGAGGCGAAAGGAAAUUACGACGUGUCCUCGAAAUUGGUGGAGGAUCGCUUGAAGGAUGACAAGGAAAUGAUGGAGCGGGUGUCGUCGAUCUCCGAAGAGUUGGCGUUGAAGAAGGAAGAGUGCGAUCGAAUGAAGCGACAUACGCGCAAGUUGAGCGCUGAUAUGGGCGAAAUGCAGUUGAAAUUGGACAACGCGAACGUCCGCUUGAAUGCGCUCGAGACGGAAAAGGAGACGCUGAACACGCAGUUGAACGCCUUGAGCGAUCGCUCCGCCAAAGUCGAAAUCCAACUCAAAGCUAGCGAAGAAGUCGUGCAAACGAAGGAGCAAAUGAUGAAGCGGCUCGAGCAGGAACACGAGAAGAUAGAGAAAAGUUUGCGAUCGCUUCAUGAUGAAAAGUUGCGAAUAGUGGAGAAGCAACUAGCGGCGAAAGACGACGAGCUCGAACGGGAGCGUGAAAAGUCGGCAGCCGCACAGGCUCAAACGAGCAGUUGGGAAGAAAAGCAAGUCGAACUUGAGCGCCAGAUACACGAGCUGACGCCGCAACUAGCUGCUAGAACAAAAGAGCUCGAUAAAAUCAAGCGAUCGCUCGCCACCAUCAAAGCUGAAAAUGCUGAAAACAAGAAAAAAGUAGACCAAGCGGAAAUGGAGAUGAACGAACAAGUCGAAUCAAUGAGGGAGAAAAUCGCUGAAGCAGAUGAGGCAAAGCUCGAUCUAGCGAUGAAACUGAAGCACGCCGAGGAAGAACGUGAGAUGUUUCACGCUCAAAAUAAAAAGCUUGAAACGUCUGGUGCCGAACAGCGUGAAAAAAUCGAAGCUUUGACGGCUGAAAUCGAGUCGACUCGAACGCGACUCAAAGAGGAGUACGAAGCUCUCGAGCGCAAACACGAGGCGACGAAUAAACUGCACGAAACCAAAGUGAACGAAAAAAUGGAAAAGCAAAUAGAAUUGCUGACGAAGCAAAACAAAGAAUGGAUCAACAAGAAGGACGAGGAGCAUGCGCGUCAGCUUGCGGCGAAAAACGAAAAGAUUGAUUUGCUCGAGACUUCGAUCAACGAACUUCGCGAAGAGCUACGACGUUCGCGUGAGACUGUCGAUGAGGAACUUGAAGUGCCCAAACCACCCAAGCAGAGAUCGAAGCAGCGUUCGGGUCCUAAAUCAUUGGGUUCUCAAAGAGAAGAAGCACUCCCGACGCCGCAUCUCGACGAAGAGUCUCCGCCGGAUGAGCGAGUGCCCAUCGCUUCAAAGCGACCGAUGACGGCAAUACCGCUUGCGCGUAAGAAGGCGAAAACGACUAAAAGGUCGAAGAAAGAACUCAAGAAUGAGGUUCGCGCGUUGGCCAUGGAGGCUGACGACGAAGAUUUCGAUCCUUUCGCAUUCGUCGAUUCCGAAGCGUCGCUUUAA